AUGUUCAAUGCUGAAGAGAUGCACCCUUUGAAGGAAAAACAUGAGGCUAUUUCCAAAGCAAAGCCUCCCAUGGGCUCGCAGGUUUACGUGGUGAGCGUGCUCAUUCUCAACGUCGUGGCAUUCCUGGUGGUCUGCUACUGUUACAUAUGCAUUUACAUCAGCGUGCACAACCCCGAGCACGCGUCACGCCACGGAGACACAAAGAUCGCCAAGCGCAUGGCUGUGCUCAUUUUCACAGACUUCCUGUGCAUGGCGCCGAUCUCGUUCUUCGCUAUCUCUGCAGCCCUGGGUAUGCCCCUCAUUACAGUUUCUCACUCCAAGAUCUUGCUCAUCCUUUUUUACCCCAUUAACUCUCUCUGUAACCCUUUCUUGUACACCAUCUUCACACGGGCCUUCAGGAAGGACGUGUGCCUCCUGCUGAGCCGCUGCGGCUGGUGCCGCCGCCGCCGCAACGCCGCAGACGCCUACAAGUCACAGACGAUGGCUUUACCCAUCACCAGCGCACAUCCGAUUUCCACCAGAAAGCCUCAAUCGCUUAACAUUUACACAUAUCACAUUAAGAUGAAGGGUUGCUUCCUAAACAAGGGAACUACAUGAACAUCUGCAGGCUGGAUUUUUUUUUGUUUUUGUUUUUGUUAAUGAACUGACAGCGGCAUCUGCUGCCAUCCUUCAAAUGGCGGGUCACGGUGAAAGGACUGUCACUUCACAUCAGGCAUCACAUCCAGUUUGACACUUCACAUUGAAGUGACUGAUGCAAAAGGUGCCGCUGCUCCAUUUGUGUACAGGAAGUGCGGCACAAAGAAGCCAGGACUGACGACGGGGAAAGUGACACAGGGUCGUCAUUUUCGGUAAUUAAGAUCAAACUGGAUGAAACCUAAGAUGUUUCUUUCGA